AUUCCUGGAGUCGUGAAGCAGGGAAAGGUGUUUCCGGAACUUUUCAUGAUACAUUUUUUCAGUGAGAGCAUCUGAAGCAACAUUAUAACCGGAGACAAUGGCGGACGCGGGUGUGGCUGCGGGAUUCGUGGUGCUCGGCUUGUUCAUCUUGCUCAUCAUUGCAGUGAUCAUCGUCAUAUUGUUGCUCGUAAUUAAGAAACUCAAAUAUCAACAUAAUGACAUUUUAAUACUGAACAACCGAAUAGACAAAUUAAUUGCAGCAGAAAAAGGCGAGGCCAUGAAUAAAGAUGCAGUGGUUUCCAGAACGAAAUCCAAAUUAAAAGGGGAACUCAGAGCUGACAGCGCCGUGGAUAUGGAUGACACUUACAGCUUAAGUACAAAUGGUAACAGCGUACACGGCAAUGAAGGGGCGCAUGUCCCCUCGCCUCGCCCUGUGUCGGCUAAGAUCCGCCCACAAUACACCAUCAAAAUUAAAAAUCGCUACUCUCAUAUGUUUGGAACAGGAGCUUCUAUCACGCAGAUGGUCGAAAUGACGCAAGAUUUUUCUUGCAUCGACGAAGUUAGUGACACGGUUCAUACUGUAGAUGAGAUGGACAUAGAAAAUGUAGGUGACAGUCAUACGACCGAAAUUCAUUCGGCUCUCUCUCGGCAAUCUAUCUGGCAAGGCCGGCCGACUUCUAUUCUCAUGCAGACCCCUACAACCACUCCCGACUCUCCGGGCAACACUGUCUCCCACGAGAACGGCGUAUUCAUUCACAAAAGUGUUGGUAAAGAUGGCGACACUCUCACGAUGUCGGGUGUAACUUUGGAAAUCCCUCCUGGUGCAUUAAAUGAAUCUAAGCUGAUCACUUUCGGGAUUACUUGGAAGGAAGCGCUUCUCCCGGUACUAAAAAAGAAGCAAGCUCGUCUUAGCCCUGUUGUUGUAUGUAAACCCAAUUUACAAUUCGCAAAACCUGUCAAGUUAACAUUCCCACAUUGCGGUGUACAGAUAAUAAAUGAUUGGAUACCGCGAGUGAUCAAACGCCAGGGUGACCUGGAUGACGUCGAGUCAGAAUGGACAAAUUUGACUCUUGACGAUUACGAGGAGAGAGAUGUGACAAGUUCAGUAGUAACUGUCAGUCUUAAACAUUUUACAUUAUACACGUUGGUUGGGGAAUCAAAACAAGGUAAAACGGCUGCUAAAAAAGUCAAGCUUAUCGCCUUCACUCCAGCGUUCCGAAAAGGUGCUAUGUUCAAAACCCGCAUAUACUGCAUCAACGACUACGAAACAGAACUCGAGGAAGUCGAUAAAUUUGAGAAAAGACUAGAUGGAAGCAUGACGAACGCGCCGGUGGCUUUCCUUUUCCACGACAAUGAGGAAGAUCUUACGGUCACGCUGAAGUCGGAUGUACCGGAGUGGAAUUUGUGUGGAGAGAAGACACAAAAAAUGGACUUCGAGAGUGUUUGGCACGCAAUGACACCCUACUGCAACUUUGUAUUUGACCCCACCACCCCUGCAAUCACCAAAAUCUACUGCGAAUUCGAAUCUUUACAGCAGACAGUUGGACGGAAAAUCUCGCUCCAAAUCUCGGCUGAAUACGUUGCUCCUGAUAAUAAACUGUCCGCUAGUGAAGAUCCACGCCAAGAAUUAGAUCGGAAAUUGAUCAUUCUUCUCGACCCCAAGACGAAUUCUGACGCGGGAGAUUUCCGUGAUCUAGCGUCAGAAAUGAAUCUAGAUGGAGCUCACGUAACUUAUCUAGAGAAUCAGACGAAUCCAACAGAGCAACUGUUAAAACGAUGGCGAGACGAAAAAAAGAGUCUACACGAACUCAAAAAGGUGUUAUCCACUAUAAAUCGUCCGGACGCAGUGGUGGAAGUAGAACAUUAUAUCAACAAGUAUUUGGCCAGCGCAUAAGUGUUACUAUUAUUAAUCACGGUGCUGGUCAGUUCACCUCCGAUUUGUUACAAAUAUCUGUGAUAUCUGUGAUAUGGAAUUAGAAGAAAAAGUCCCUAUUUCUAGAAGUCCCUCAUGAAGAUAUCCUUUCCUUCAAAUCAUUGUCUCCUAACUUCACUGAAAAGACGAUAAUUCCAAUACGACUACUCAUGUCACAUAUAUUUUGAAUGCCACCAUGUACAUUAUAUUCAGUGUUAACACAUGUCUCUUUCAAAUCCUAUCACACUAUUUAUGACUCCGUUAUCAGUACACAUAUAAGACUGACGCUCCGUUUAAUAGUAUGUUAACCACUUGUUAGUCCGAAAGGUUCCGACUAUCUAUCCGCAAGUUUGUUUUUGUCUUGAUUGUUGUCGAAAGUCAGGAUUCCUUCCUUUAUAAAAACACGAAAUUCGAGUGACCCAUGUAUGGGUUGGCGUUCAGGCAUUUUUUUCUAAAGAUUGUUUACAACAGAGCGAUAGUUAUAAAUCAUACAUCGAAAGGUGGAAAAAUAAAACAUUUAUCUACUAACUAGCAUAUAUGCAGUUAAAUCAAUUAGAUGUUGUGAAGGAUUUCCAGCCAUUUAUUCCAAUAAUCUUACUUUCAAGCACAUUUACAAUGGCCGCCACGAAACGAAUUCCCCCUUGACUUGUCCACAAAAGCGUAUCGUUUCCGCCAAUCUUGUGAGAGUUAACCUUUCUGUAAGUUUACAAAGACUAACCUACAUCGCAACAAAACUAAUAUCGCGGAUAGAUAGUCAUAUUUUGAACUAAUGUAUAAUGUUAUCAUGCCUUUUUGAAUUGCUUUAUACCACCUCCGAUUGUGUCACCGUUAUCUUGUCAACUCUGAUGUAACAAAGUAUUACAACUUUCAUUUCAGACAACAUCAAAGACUAUAAUAUGAUACAAUAAAUUAAAGUUCGUCAUGCUCCUUGUCUUUCCUACAAAGCAGCGUUGCCAAGUCACAAGUUUUAACACAAUACUCGACUUCGGAAUUCAUAUUGAAACAUGCAAGUAAGAUGUAUUUUUCUUGUAUAUAAAUGUCAUUGAUUUUCCCAGCUGAAACAUGCUGGUUUCUACGUGAUUAAGUUAUACAUUAUGCGCUGUGUACUCAUUUUAAUGGUACUGUUGUUACUUAGCCGGGUAUGAGAAUGCUUUUCCGUCAUUACCGAUUUCUUGAAUCACCAUGUGAGAAAGUCUGAUAUAUUCUAUUAUUUGGUCUCUGUUCCUUGUUUGGAGUGAAACCAAAAAAAACAUAAACAGUGCAGGUGAUCAUUAACCUUUUUUAAGCGGUCGCCACAUUGAUGCCCCGAAGGUCUGCCUCACAUACAGACCUCCUGUCUAAGAGCAGCAAUCUCCACGCAAUAAUACCCGACAAUUCCUUUCACGAAGUAAACUUAAGCUUGCUGAGUUCGAGUAAAGACAAUAUCAGCCGUCAACUGUAGUACAUACUGCAUUUUUCUAAUACUGUUUGUGUUUUGGAACGGAUAUUAGAAAUGGACUAUUCAAAUAUUGCGUUCUUGUUGUUCAUAAACAUAUACAAUUCAUGUAUUCAAGACAUAUAUGUUUUUUAUUUCUACAAAUAGGGGCAGAAAUUCGGAAUUUCUAAAUAUGCAUUAUAUGCUAAACACAUUUUUUAACUUUAUAAGUAAAAUAUUAUUAGAACCAUUCUAUCCAAGAACGAGGUUUUUUUUACUAUUUUUGUAUGCGCGUUGUAGUAGACAAACCUUUUGGAGUAAUACUCUUGCUAACGUAUGAUACUAUGAAAUAGUGCACGAAAUAGUAGUUAAGUAGCACAUAUGACUUCACGUAUCCUCAGUCUGACGAUUUGUUAUUGUUUAUAGUCAGCCAGUGUAAACAGCAUGUAAAAUAGAAUUUGAUUUGCAUAAGAAAAUUUCCAUGCUUAAGCAUAGCAAUUUACAAAUUUGAAAGGUAAUGCAUUCUAUAAAAUCUCGUUAUCAUUUUAAAUUGGACCAAUCAAAAUAUAUAACAUGCAAUAUAUUCUGUAGUCAUAGUAAUGAUGUUAAUCACAAGCACUGUCUUACAGUUUUAAAGAUUAAUCUGUCCGUCUUCAGCCCUCCCAUAAAUAAUAUUAUGCACGUUUGUGAGGUUACGGACACAUUCUUUAUUACCCGUGCAGUGAUUAUAAAGCAGAGUGUUAUAAAUAUUUUUUAUGACCCUGUCUACAACAGUUAGAUAUUAUACAGAUACUUAUAUACUUGCCUUAAUCUAUAUUAUGCCAUAGUCCUCGUAUUAAGUAAUCAAGUUUAUAUGUGAUAUGUAAAAAAGAACUGAAACAGAAUCGUUUGUUCACACACGGUUUACGCCUACAAAUAUAUACUCAAUCGAUGAGCUUAUCUUGUAUUACUCAAAUUGGACUUUGGACUUUGGGAAUAUUAUAAAGAAAUCACCACUCGUUUACUAAGUAAAAACUUAGGAAUAGUAUCACAGAUAAGGAACAAUAUACAACACUAGAACAAGAUUAUUUUCCUAUUAGUAAUAAUGAAAUAUUUAUUACACUUAUCUUUUAUUUCACACGUGCCUCAAUAUUGAUACUACAGUAAGGAUUUCUUCCAGUUGAGUUCAGUCCUAGAAAUCGUUGAUUUUUUUGUUUGUUUUUUCUUCUCUUUUUUUUCUGUCCCAAUAGCAUCACUUGUCAUUCUGAUCAUCCGGCCAAGCUGUUUUAAUAGUAAUGUGCCAGAGUCUAGUAUGAAUGAGUUAUUGUGUUAGUACAAGAAGGGUUUAAUUUUCUAUAUCUCAGUCUGUCAGUUCUGAUGCAGUUUGGGUCCUGUAUCAGCUAUCAAUUUUGAGUUGAAGUUGCGUGAUUGUUACAAUAUAAUGUUGUUUCUGUCUUGUUCAGAAAUUUUGAUAUGCAGUCGAUUUUUCGAAAAUGACAUUUCAUUAGUUAUAACUAACAACUUUAUGGAUUUGUAGCUCGAAAAGCGAUCAACUAUCGACUUUCAUAUAUUAGUAUGCAAAGUGUCGGGAGAUUUGCUUCUUCUUUGUAACACAGUAAAUUCCCAACUCGAGGGAAAAAGUUUGUUUCGGGAAACUAUUUAUCGGAACAAUCAUAUCCAGUGACUAUAUGGCAUUGUGUAUAAACAUAUGCAUUUGCGGACGUUCCAGAUCGAAUGGAAAUGUGAA